ACCGUGCAUAAUGGUUCAAAAUUAAGAAGUUUAGGGAUUAAUAAUCUUCUAUUUCAGCGUUAUUACCAAAACUUAAUAAUAGAGGCACGUUUAAAAUGGACGAAGCUACGACACCUGGAAGAAAAGGAAACUUGACUGGAAGUGCCAGGAAGCUAAAGGACAACGCAGCAGACUGGCAUAACUUUAUGCUGAAAUGGGAACGGCUUAGUAACGAGGGAUCCACCAUUGCAACCAAAAUUGUGAACUUCAAACUAAGCAAAGAAACUGUAAAGAUGCCUGAAGUGAUGAUGGAGGGUAAAAGUUCAACUGCAGCUCCAUUAGAAAAAAUUGCCGACCAGAGUAACCAGGAGCUGGAGGAGGAAUGUAGCAAACUACAGAAUGUUGUAAAAAAAAUGGAUCAUAUUCUGUCAAAAAUGGAGAAGAUGGUGAGUGCUGAGAAAGGAAUCUGUGAACUGGAGACAUUCCAGUAUGGAGAAAAAGGAAGACCAGCACCAAUGUUUCAGACCUGGUCUACACAGCAGUUUGCUGAAGUAUCGUCCAAGCUUUAUGAAGCAUACGAGCAAGAGCUGGACCUGAAGAGAACCAUCCUUGGUGAAGUGGCUCACACAACUAACUCAGAUCUCUGCAUGGUCUAUCUGUCCUGCUGGCUCUAUCAGCCCUACAUCGAUGACAAUAUCAAACUGUUGCUGGAGGGCUUACUAAUGGAGACUGGCCACAGGACGAUAUGAUUGAAAUCUGUGUCUGUGUUUUUACACUUCUUUAGAAAUAAUUUUUAAAUUUCUAGUGGAACAUGCUAAAAAAGUACCAUAUAAACUCAAACCCUUCUCAAGUUUUGAUAACUUUGCAGAUGUUGUUGAAACAGAAAAAUAAUGUACCAGCUAACAAUAAUUCCUGAUUAUGGGAUUGAGUUGCCAAAAUAAAAAAAAUCAUGAAAAAAUUAAACCAAGUAAGUAAGAAAGGUUUUAAGAUUAUUUCUACAUUAUUUUUAACUGAU